AUGGCGAAUGCUAUCGCGUCCACCGUGGGCGUUCGGGAGCGACGGCCUUGGACGCCAUCGAACGGGCGACGCGAGGGGUGGAAUCGCGCGGGCGACGGGAGGGGUGGGCGUCGCGCGACGAGGACGCGGACGCGGACGACGACGGGCGCGCGAUCGGUGGAGACGCGUCGACGAGGGGUGGGAUCGGUGCGAGGACGAUGCGUCGCGGCGUCGGCGGCGAACGGGGGGGAGCGAGGGGCGUACGUCGAGACGCAGGCGGGGCGGUGGGACCGCGCGUUGGAGGCGCUGGCGACCGAGGUGGAUCCGAGCGAGGCGAUCGCUUUGCUCGAUCGACCGCUCCCGUCGCACGAGGAGAUCCGACGGGGGACGUUGGAGAAUGGGUUGAAGUACGUGAUUUUACCCAACAAGGUGCCGGAGGGACGAUUUGAGGCGCACCUGGAGAUGCACGUGGGGGCGGUGGAUGAGCGCGAGGACGAGCAAGGCUUGGCGCACCUCGUGGAGCAUGUCACGUUUCUGGGUUCGCGUAAGCGCGAUCAGUGGCUGGGAAGCGGGACGAGAGGUAACGCGUACACUGAUUUCCACCACACCGUGUUCCACAUCCACGCGCCGACGACGAACAAGGAUGGGCACUACAUGCCUCCAAACGUCUUGGAUAUUCUGAAUGACGUCGCGUUCACGCCACAGUUAUUGGAAACGCGCGUGGCCAAGGAGAAGAAGGCGGUGCUCGCGGAGGCGCAAAUGAUGAAUACGAUCGAGUAUCGCGUGGACUGUCAGCUUCUCGAGCAUUUGCACUGGGAUAAUCUUCUCGGGACGCGGUUCCCCAUCGGUAAGCUCGAUCAGGUCGAAGCGUGGCCCGCGCAAGCGGUGAAAGAUUUCCACGCACGGUGGUACUUUCCGGCCAACGCGACGCUUUACGUCGUGGGUGACUUCGAUGCUACUGUGGAUGAGGUGGAGGAGAUGAUCGCCACCGCGUUUGGGGAAGCCGCCCCGGCCGAGGGAGCGGAGGAAGUUGGCUCUCCCCUGGAGCGUCAUCGCGUUCGGCCGCCCGUGAAGCACGCUUACGGUGCGCCCUCUUACGAGCUCGAAGAGAUCAAGCGAAUGAACGAAGAAGCCAAGGCAAAAGCCUUGGAAGAUCCUUUCAUGCCGUUCGUCGCGGAUGAGGGCAAGGUUUCGAUGUUUCAACACGAGCACUUGUCCAACGCGAGCUUUAACAUUUUCUCAAAGUUGGAAAUCAAGCCGCUUAAGCGCAUGGGAGAUUUGUACAGGACGAUCCUUCAGCGCAUCGUGUUGUUGGUGUUACAAAGCCGCAUUCAAGCGCGUUAUGCGGAGACAAAUGCGGAUUACAAGCGCGUCGAACUGGACCACUCUGACUCUGCGCGCGAGGGGUGCUGCGUCAGCACGGUCACCGUGACAUGCGAACCUCGCGAGUACGAGUUCGCCCUGCAAGUCGCCGUGGAGGAGGCUCGGCGUUUGCAAAAGUUCGGUUUGACUCCGAGUGAGCUCGACCGUUUCAAGGCUGCCAUGCUUCGUGAUUCAGAACAGCUCGCGCAGCAAGCCGGGAGCGUGCCGAGCCUGGAAAACCUCGACUUCAUCAUGGAGCAGGACGCGUGCGGCCAUGUCGUCAUGGACCAAGUCGCCGGACACGAAGCCAUGGUGGACAUGGCAGAUUUACUCACCCUCGAUGCGUGUAACGGUAUGUGCGAUGAGCUUUUGGGCUUCAUCGGCGAAUACGGCAAGGCACACAACCGCUCGAAGAACAGCGGCAUGUGCACGGCCAUCGUCGCAUGCGUCCCGGCCACGAUGACCGACGCCAAGGGCGAGACCGUGCCCUUCGAUAUUACUCCCGAGCGCAUCGAACAAGUUCUCGCCGCUGACUACGGCGAGAUCACGGAGCCCGAGGACAUUUACGUCCCGGAAGUGUUGGUCUCCGAUGAAGAGGUUGACACGCUCUUCGCCAAUAUGUCGCCAGAGUUUGUCGAGGCAACCUAUCACGAGCCAACGGGAGUGUACCAACGCACGUUGAGUAAUGGGAUCAGAGUGAACUACAAGGUUCUCGAUGCCGAGCCCGGAAGUGCGUUCCUUCGUCUCGUCGUCCCUGGGGGCCGAUCGUUGGAGAGCCCAGAAAUAGGUCCCGGCGGCAUCGGUGCCUCGGCGGUUGGUCUUCGAACGGUUCAAGAAGCCGGAGACGUCGGAAGUUGGAGCCGCAAACAAAUUGAAUUGUUGACCAUGCAACAUUUGCUAGUGUACGACGUCGAGCCCGAGGUCGAAUAUCUGUUCAUGGACUCUGCGUUUGCAACGGAUGGUGGCUUGAGGACUAUUCUCGAGAUAAUCCAUCUCACUCUCACCAAGCCAAACUGGGACGAGCAAGCGCUCGAGCGAGUCAAGGACAUUUAUCGCAUGUUCCAAAUCAAUACGAACAAGAACAUUGAACUCCUGACUCACGAAACCAUCAACGCGGUGAUUUACAAUGAUCGACGCAUCAUGGAUCCGAACAAGGAGGCGCUCGCGGCGCUGACGCUCGAUGGAGUGCGAGAGAUUAUCGAGAAGCAGUUUGCCAGCGGGGCGUUGGAGCUCAACAUCGUCGGAGACAUCAUUCCGGAAGAAGUAGACGAUCUGGUUCUCGCUUUCAUGGGUUCAAUCAAGACGAAACCGUCGCCACCGUCGCUCGUGGCCCCGCUGAAGUUGAAGGAUGUGCCGGCGGAUGAUCCCAUCCGCGCGCAGCGACUUUGGUUGAGAGACAGCGAUGAGCGCGCAUGCGCCGUUGCUGCCGGUCCGGGACCGUCCAUGUGGGAACCGAUGACGAAGUUGUUCAACGAAAUCCCUAGCUUUAUCAACGUGGAGUCGUACACGCCUGAACAGAUUGCCGCUUUGAAGGAUCCGGUGAACGAGGUUGCCGCGGCGAAGGGCAACCCAUUCGCGCGUCAAUCCGUGCGACGAGCCAAUCCGCUGGCGACUUAUUGCGCGGGCAUGAUGCUCGCUGAAGUUGUGGGUGGUAGGCUGUUCACCACGGUUAGAGACGCGUUGGGUCUGACGUAUGACUGCAACUUUACGAUGUCGUUCGGCUUGCAGAAUAACGACGCUACGACGUACAGGUUGUUGGUGACGUCAACGCCGGAAAAGAUCGAUGACGCGCUUCAGGCCGGCGUCCGUGUGAUGCGAGGAUUCAAGACGCAGCGCGUGAGCCAGCGCGAGGUCGAUCGCGCGCGCUUGACCUUGUUGAGUCGACACGAGAUGGACCUCAAAACGAACAACUACUGGGCUGAUCUCAUGCAGUGCACAAACACCCCGGACCUGGCGCCGAAGAAGAAGAUCCAGUGCAUCGCGGACUUGCCGCUAAUGUACGACGCGAUGACCGUGGAAGAUCUUCAACAGGUGUACGAUCGCCUGGGCCUGGGCGAGGGCGAGAUGUUCACCAGCGUCACCAUCGCCGGCAAGGAGGAGCCGCCGCCAUACCUGUCGCCCAAGGAUGUUGACGCUGCCGCAUUAGCCGCGCAAACCUUGACCGCGGCGCUCGGCGGAUUGAACAUCGCCGAGGCGAUUAAAAAGCUCAAAGAGCAAUCCAACACGUAA